AUGGACAUCAAAGCCACAGUGAGCUGCUCCUUCUCCAUCUUCUCGGCCCUUGCCUCCUCUGCCUCGGGACCAGUAAAUGCUAAUGUCCUGAGAGACUCUAACCAGGCCGCUCUAACACCGCGGGACUGCUCUGGCCCCAACCCGCCACGCAGGACUAGCGCGCACACCCUCGGGUCUCUGCGAGCCUCUGACUCAGAGAACCCCGCAGCCCGCGAGUGCAAAGUUAGUGAAGGACAGCGAGGACUGCCCGCACACAGACAGUCCCUUCCCCGGAGAAGGAAUAAGACUGCCAGGCUAGUGCCAAGGCUGAGAAGGGACCGGCACGGGCGCCACGCGCGACCGAGGGGUCGAGGGACGUCCCGGAUCCGCUCCUUCAGCACCGCCCCAGGCAGUGGGCAUCCUGCGCGCCGCCCCCUCCCGGCCCCGAAGAGGAUGUCCCAGCGAGCGCGCGGGCCUGGACAGAGGCAGCGCCGCAGCAGCGGCAGCGGCGCGGACAGCGUGAGAAAGAGAGACACUCACCAGCGUCAGCCCCGAGCCCUCACAGCACCGGAAGUAGUCACCCGCCCGUUGCCAGGAUCCCAGCCGCCAUGCUCUGCAGAAGCUCAAGCAGCCACAUGGGAAAACCACGUGUGGAAGCUGUGACCAAUGACUCCAGAUAAGGUCCGAGCUGCAGCCAGCACCAACUGCCAGACAAGUAAUUGAAUGGGCCUUCAGAAGAUUCCAGUCCUCAGCCAUGGAUUAACUUUCAACAUUUAUGUCUUCCCAGCUUAGCAAUCAUAAGCAGAAACAAGCCAUCUCCACUUACUUGCCCUUUCCAA